CAACUUUAGUUUAUCAAUGAUUGCACGCUUGUCUACAACAUUCCUAAAAAAUAUCAGACAAGCUAUUUGUGUUGUCCCAGACACUGAAAUCACCUUGAAUGAUAAAGUCUACUUUUUUGAAUAGGUAAUCAUUCACUCUAUUCAUAGAAUAAAGUCUAAUCAAUUCCUGUCAGAUCUCUCUUAAACGAAUAUUUAUUAUAGGAAAGUGAAUAUGUUGAAGAAGCCACUCAAAAAGAAUAGGAUUCCGAUGAAACUUUGCAAUAAUAAGAAGAGUAUUCCGAUGAUGAAAAUAAUGGUGAUGAUUAGGGACCAUCAGGUGGAAGAAUGAUGCCUGUGAUUGAGCUAAUUAAAGGAUUUAUUCCUAGAAUUGUUGGUGCAAUUUGAGCAUUUUAAAUUCAAAAUAUACAAGCAAUUAUAAAGAUUAU